GUGCACGCUGGCAUGCAACAAGCCGAAGCCGCUCCAAUGAAAACGCGCCGCAAAUCUGCUGCUUCUGUGGAGCAUCACCCUUUGCCCUUCGAUGAAGAGCUUUUGCCUCCGCCACCCGCACCACCCGUUGCUCGCAGACAGUCCAAAUCUGCUUUCAGCGUCGAGAUGCCAAAGCCCAGCAAGCCCGCCGCUGCGUCCGCAUUUGCGGCUGCUCCGCUGCCCGAACCGCUGCGGCCCGAUGCCCCUGCGUCAAGCAGUACAUCACCCGCUGCCAGUGAGCCAGCCGUCAUUAGCGCUCCCAGCUCGGGCGCUGUAGAAGGCACAGCGUCCGCCAGUGUUGCGGAAGCCACACCGGCAGCUGCUCCUGCUCCUGCUUCUGCUCCUGCUACUGCUACUGCUCCCGCUCCUGCGCCUGAACCCGCAAAGCGAAAAUCGCCAGCAACAAAGGCUCCAGCCAAGCCGCGCGCCACCAAAGCAAAGUCCAAGUAG